AUGCCAAGUCGUCUCCGCCGUGUCACCGUCUACGAAACAUCGACUCGUUUCUAUAUUGUGGGCAGUGAUGUAUCAAGGACACGAUUUAAUUUACUCAAGAUUGAUAGACUUGAAUCAAAAGCCUUACUGACGGGUGAGCCAGAGAAUGACUACUCCGAGCAAGAGAUCAUGGAGCUUUUGGCUACUGUUUCAGAGGGGACAUCAAUCGUGCAAAAGGGACCAAAUGGACGAAAGCAGCAAGUAGCUGGUGGGAUCAUCGCUCGUGUGCAAAACGCUUACGGGAUUCUUGGAAUCGUUCGCUUUACAGAGGGUUAUUACAUCAUUCUGAUCACCAAGGCGAUGAUUGUCGCGCAAAUCGGCUACCACUCAAUCUACAAAAUUGCUGAGGUGGCAAUGAUCAAUAUUGGCAUUGACGGUCUUCUACCGAAUUCCCCGGAAGAGCAACGCUACGUGAAAAUCUUUCAAUCGGUCGACUUGAGCACCGAUUUUUACUUCUCAUACACCUACGAUUUAUCUCAUAGUUUACAGGAAAACUACUUGGCGACAGAUUGGGAAAACGGUGGCCUUCACAAGCAUUCGGCUGACUCUAGAUUCAUUUGGAACAGCUUCUUGUUGGAACCGUUACGACAAAAUGCGAUCAGUGAGAGGUGGAUGAUCGAGGUGACACACGGGUUUGUCGCUCAGCACUUAGUCGAUCUACCGACAUGUCAAAUAUCAUUGAUCUUGAUUGGAAGACGAUCAGCGAAAUACGCGGGAACUAGGUUUUUGAAGAGAGGAGCCAAUUUGAAAGGUGAUGUGGCAAACGAUGUUGAAACCGAGCAAAUCGUUUGGGAUCGAGGAGGGCCACCAAAUUUGAAGAAAGGUCGAUUCACGUCAUUCGUGCAACGAAGAGGAUCCGUUCCAUUGAGAUGGUCUCAAGAUCCGGCGACUCGGGGUGUCGUAGGGAAACCGAUGAUUCUCAUAGACAUACACGAACCACAUGCACAAACAGCUGGAGCUCAUUUUAGAGAUUUGAAAAAGAAAUACGGUAGCCCGAUUGUUGUCUACAAUUUGGUGAAAAGACGCGAGAAAAGGAGACACGAAACUUUGCUAAAUGAACAAUUUUUGAAGGCAGUCAACUAUUUGAAUCAAUUCAUCCCGGAUGACGAGCAAAUUGCCUAUAUAGCUUUUGAUGUGGCCAGGUGCAAUAAGAGUUCCGACAUGAACGUGUUGUCAAUGUUGAACGAAACGGCGAUGAGAGCCGUCAUCGCUCAUGGAUGGUUUCAAUCAUUUCCCAUGCAUCAUAAACAAACGCUCAGCCCACGAGAAGCAUUUCUUGGCUUUAACCCAACCACCACUCCCUCCGGUCAAGCCAUGCUGCAAAGAGGCGUUUCUCGAACGAAUUGCGUUGAUUGUUUAGAUCGGACGAAUGUCGCUCAAUUUGCUAUUGGCAAAGCUGCGCUAGCCUGUCAACUUUUUGGAAUGGGCCUUCUCGAUGAGCCGUUUAUCGAUUUGUCUAGUGAGCUUUGCCGUGUGUAUGAGGAGUUGUUUGACGCGCACGGGGAUACACUCGCAUGGCAAUAUGCGGGCAGUCAACUCGUUCACUCGAUCAAAACCUACAAGAAAACGGCUGCACUACAGGAACGAUCGCGUGAUGUUCUCCAAACGCUUUCUCGCUACUACAGUAACACUUUCGGUGACUACGAUAAGCAAGCUGCAAUCAAUUUAUUCUUGGGGAUCUAUAGACCACAGAUCACUUGCCAAACAUCUCUUUGGGAUCUUUCUUCGGAUUAUUAUCUCCAUUUUCGCCCGGGUACCCGAGUGACAACUGAUUAUUGUGGCUGGAUGUAUGAUGAAGAUGAAUUAGAGGAGAUUAUCAAGCAAUUCGAACUUGUCGACUUGGCGAUUCAGUCUGACGAUCCACAAAAUAAACAAAUUGUGUCAUUGCCACCUUCACGCGACACUUACGCCAUCCUCUGCACAAAUUCUGAUGAUGAAUUCAGAGAUUUCUAUAGAACUUUCGAGUUCACACCGCUUGAGAAUCGAGUAAAACAGCAAAUCUACUUUGAUCAGAAGAAAGUUGUAAUUGGUGGGAUAAACGAUGUGAUCGCGUCAUCUGGAUUCGCACUUUGGAAAAAGACAGAAACCAUUCCGAUGCCACAAAAACCGGGGAAAAACAAAUUUAAAGGACAAAAAGGACAAUUGACGGAUGAAGAAGAUGAUGAGAUUGAAGAUGAGACACAAAAAGAUGCGAAACAAGAAACGGUGAUAAUGGAGGAAGCUUUUGAGCGUUUAUGUCCCCCUCUACCAUCAACAUUUAAUCGAAAAGAGAAAGAGGGACAAAUGGAGGAUGGAGGAUCGGUGCUCUUUUCCGGUUUACGAUCUCGACGAUCCACGUAUGGAGUGGAGAAGUUGAGCUCAGGGAAUCAUGAUCUCGAGAUUUACAAUCAUUAUGUGCAACGAGCUGGGAUUACUGUCGAUCCGGAGGAUUGGCAAAAGUACAAGCCGACUUUGCUCACUAAAUUGCAACCACUUUCGGAAGUGCCGAUGGUGAGACGAAUGACUUCAAUAUUUAUUGCCGAUAGUGCUAUGCAGAGUGAAAUCCCGGAGGUAUCCCUUUCCUCGAUGCGUGUCUACAAUCGAUCAACAAACCCCCAGCAAUGGACCCUUUCACAAAAAGAUCAAUCUCUAUUAUCUCCUUAUUUACUGUAUCCACUAGCC